GUUUGUUUCAAAAGAGGUUGGUUCAUUGUUAUCUAUGUUCGGAAGUCUAGUGGUUUGUGUUAAGUGGUAAUUACUAGCCUGUAUAAUUUGCACGUCCUAUAAAUUGUUGUAAUAAGAUUGACAGAAUGCUAUUUCACAAACUAAACACAACCUUAUUUGCUUCCAUGUGCUAUUAUGGCGGACGGUGAUAAACCAUUCGUGGAGUUGUUUUUAAAAGCAGCCCUAUCAGAUCGGAAAGAAAAAGGAGCUUGUUUAAUCAGCCAACAGUGGCUCAUGACUUUAUGUUGUCUUGUUGAGAAAGGUUAUAUAAAGCUACAGGUUACUCCUAUGACUAUGGAUUUGCAACCUGCCAGUUAUGUGCGACUAAAUGCUGCUCGACAUCUCCCUAUUUCAUGGAUCAAAUCAGGAACUAUAGAUGGCGAGGAUGCCAGUGGACUCGUUAUCUCUUCUACGGAAUCACUAGAAACACUGUUAAUAAAGUUAGGUUGUCCUGAUCUCAAUCGCAACCUAAAGGCGUCUGAUGUCAGAGCAGCUGAGAAAGUUUUUGAAGAUUUGUAUAGCAGUUUAAUGCAGUACAUAAUGUACGAUGAUAAAACGUCUCUUUAUACAGUAUUAUCCAGCUUAAAUAGUUACCUGGCGUCUGCGGCAAAGCCUUAUGCUAUGGGUGAUGAGAUAUCCUAUGUUGAUUGUCAAUUGGCACCCAAAUUACAGCAUGUCCGUGUUGCAGGCAGAGCAUACCAUAAUUUCGAUAUUCCUCUUGAUAUGAAUCACAUAUGGAUUUAUCUUCGGAAUAUUUAUGGCCUAAAUUCGUUUAAAGAUUCUUGCCCAGCAACUCGAGACAUAUUGAUGCAUUACGAUUUAAAAAAGCGGCUCCCAAAGGAAAUUCGUCCCAGUCUUACGGGAUCAGAUAUUCUUUUAGAUAUCCCAGAGCAGUUUCGGUUACCGUCAUCAAAUGGAGAUCACUAUUAAACUUCUUUCAAGCUUCUGAGUUUCGUUUGUGAUUGAGAGGACGUUUACAAAAGGCAUCUAUUUCGUGUUUUAUAUUUUUCCAACAUAUUUUAGCCCUGUGUUCAUUUUAGCGUCCUUUUUACACCAUUUGCUGACCCCUACGGUGCUGCAUUUGGUUUUCCUUAUUAUUAAUAUUUCUUUAUCCAACUAGUAAAUGCCAUACUUUUUUAAGUUUUCAAGUUGUAUUGUUCUUGUACAUCUGGAUUGGUAUUCUCAGAUUUAUUACUUUAUUUGCAAAUUCUGUUCACUAACCACUUGUAUUGAAUACAAUUUUUUAACUACA